AUGGCAAACCUCACAGUUAUUCUAGACGUGUUCAAAGCAAAUGCACCGAAAGAUGAGCACUGGCUUAAAGCACUAUUACCUUUCAUCAGGCUUGAGCCGCUCAAUGAGUGCUUGGACCAUAUCUCGGAAGAGGAUCGAAUCGAAGGGUUUGCAGAAAUGUCUAUUAUGGAUAUUAAUGCCAUGAAAGAGAUCCACAAGUCUAAUGAUAUUUACUUCGGACAGAUGGAGUUCCACGAAUCAUUCUGCCAGCAGUGUACUCAUGACUUCAAAAGGGGGGCACAAAUACACCAAUCCAUUUGCAAAAUACAUCCGCGAGUGGUGUGCACCUCAGAUAAAGACGUACCUUGCCCCAAAUGUUCGAUAAGUGACAACAAGGAAGAGCAGGGUGACAACAAGGAAGAGCAGAGUGACAACAAGGAAGAGCAGAGUGACAACAAAGAAGAGCAGAGUGACAACAAGGAAAAGCAAGUGGAGUUCAAAGUGGAAACGGUCAGUGCAAGUUUGCUUAAACAAUGUAAAUUGGUGGCCAAAUUUGAGUCCAUAUAUUGA